GGGAGACUGAUAGUCUAUCGACUCAUUGGUCGAAUCAUUGGCCACUGGGUCAGGUUACUCUCGUAGUAUAGGCUAAGAAGCUCCUACACUAUCAUUUUACCGGUUUGGAUAUGAAAUUUGAGGGUGCUGUUGCCAGUGCUGCCAGAAUUACUGUCAAACAGAAUAUAACAUCCUAAACCUGUACAAUAUAUCCUUUAUGAUCUCCGUUAAAUAGAAAAUAUCGGAAUGGGUCAUUCUGACAGUCCAGGGGCGCAUCCGAAAAUGGUCCAGCAAGAGGCUGGCGACAGCGGGGAAGAGAACGCGCACCAGCGCUUUGAGCUCGCAGAUUUCUUAGGAACCUCUUGUGAAAGCACGAACACUGACUUACAACACACGGGAAGUGAGGGCUGGCCACCGUUAACGGUGAAGAGACAUCAGCACAAGCACAGCCUGAAACGCCGGUACGAAGUUCUGGAGACACUUGGCAAAGGCACGUAUGGGAAAGUGAAGAAAGCAGUGGAGAGAAGGAGCGGAAAAACGGUGGCCAUUAAAUCCAUAAGAAAGGAACGCAUCAGUGAUGAUCUGGACAGAGUCCAUAUUCAGAGAGAGAUUGAGAUUGUGUCCCUCCUCACCCAUCCGAACAUCAUUCGAAUGCAUGAGGUGUUUGAGUGCCGUGAGAAGAUAGUGAUGGUGAUGGAGUAUGCUAGUGGAGGAGAGCUAUAUGACUACAUCCAGCAGAGGCAAAGACUAAGCGAGAUAGAGGCCAGGAACUUCUUCAGACAGAUCAUCUCCGCAGUUCAUUACUGUCACAAGAAUGGUGUGGUUCAUCGAGAUCUCAAACUGGAAAACAUUCUACUGGACCAAAAUAUGAAUGUUAAGUUGGUUGAUUUUGGCCUGUCUAAUCACUAUGAGAGAGGGAGAAUGCUGGAUACGUUCUGUGGAAGUCCACUCUAUGCCUCACCUGAGAUCAUCAAUGGACUACCCUACCAAGGCCCAGAGGUUGACUGCUGGGCACUGGGUGUGUUGCUCUAUGCUCUGGUCCACGGCUCAAUGCCUUUUGAUGGAGCCAGUUACAAUGGCCUGAGAGAACAGAUCAGACAGGGACGAUACCGACGACCUCAGCCUCCAUCAGAUGCUUGUGCUCUAAUUGGCUGGAUGCUAACUGUGAGGGUGAAGGAUAGGGCAACGGUGGAGGAUGUAACCAAUCAUUGGUGGGUAAAUUGGGGCUGUGACGCGCCCAUUUGUGACUGCCUGCCUUCCAGGCCCGUUCAGCGCUCCGAGUGGCACCAGCCUCCGUUAACCUCUGCCACAGGCCACACCACAUCCAAGCGCCUACCGUCUGACCCACACUUCAGGCUUACCUUCCCCCCAAAACGGCCAAUAAGCCAGCCUCUGUGCACCACCCUCGCCAGGAAACCUCUACUGGAUAAGCCUCUCCCUCCAACAAACAUCGCCUCUCUCAGGCCCACAGCUCACAGCCAAGCAGCCAAAAUGCCCAAGAAAGAGUCCCUUCAGUGGGAUCCAGACCCAGGACUCAGGAAAAGUCAUCAGAGGGACAUGGAGAACUCCCAGGAAGAGGAACUAGAGAGAUAA